GGCGGCACGUGACCCAGCGCAGCCGGCUCGGCCCAGAAAUAGCCAAGACGGCGGUUCCGCCUUGGGCCGGCGCGAUCUUGGGGAGACGGCGGGACGCAGGCCGGGCGCGGUGCAGCCCGGACGAUGCUGCUGAGCCCCAGCACGGCCCUGCCCGGAGCACAUGAUGGCCAUACGGGAACUCAAAGUUUGUCUUCUCGGGGACACAGGGGUUGGGAAGUCAAGCAUCGUGUGCCGCUUUGUCCAGGACCACUUUGACCACAAUAUUAGCCCCACCAUUGGGGCAUCUUUCAUGACCAAAACUGUGCCUUGUGGAAACGAACUUCAUAAAUUCCUCAUCUGGGACACUGCUGGUCAGGAACGGUUUCAUUCCCUGGCACCCAUGUACUAUCGCGGAUCUGCUGCAGCUGUCAUAGUGUAUGAUAUCACCAAACAGGAUUCAUUUCAUACCUUGAAGAAAUGGGUUAAAGAGCUGAAAGAACAUGGUCCAGAAAACAUUGUAAUGGCUAUUGCUGGUAACAAAUGUGACCUCUCAGAUAUAAGGGAGGUUCCCUUGAAGGAUGCCAAGGAAUAUGCUGAAUCCAUAGGUGCUAUUGUGGUUGAAACAAGUGCAAAGAAUGCUAUUAAUAUUGAGGAGCUCUUUCAAGGAAUCAGCCGCCAGAUCCCACCCUUGGACCCCCAUGAAAAUGGAAGCAGUGGAAUGGUCAAGCUUGGGAGCCAGAGCUCGCAAGUCAGCCGACGGUGCUGCUGACCUGAGGCCUGAGCCUUUAUCAUGGGCCCUGCUGAAGGAGCCUACUCUGGGGCUGGCACCCACCAUACUCCUGAAAGACCUUCAGGGAGAGGAGCAGGAAAUGUCCCUGAAAAACAAGAUCUCAGAAAACUGGAGGAAAAACAGCAACAAAAACCACACCAUCCCAACAUGCCUAAAAUCCAUGAAAUGCACCAGAGAGAGAUUAGACUUAAUAGGUAUAGUUGCUUUUGCUAAAAAUCUUAGAAAAUUUUCAAGUUUAUACACAAUCUGAAAGUAUACAUUUUCCUCUGACUUUGGUGUCACUUAUAUAGCCAGAUCCAGUUGUUUCUCCAGGGCCUUCAUUACAUGGCCAGCCAUCACCACAAGGAAGUAUCAGAGCAGAAGGCAAGUUUUUAUCUGGCUUUGGAAGUAAGCCUUUAUUAUACUUUUCUGAAGAAAAUCAGAGAACUGUAACUGGACCAUCACUCAAGCUGAGACUUGAGAAUCUCUAAAACAAAAGAAAGAUACAAUAGAGA